UCUCCACUCACCACACAUUUCUUUAAUUCACUUUCAACCAUAAUUUAUAUCCCAAAGAUGGAAAUGAUUAUUGUACACUAACGAAAUAACCGAACUCGACUGUAUAAAUACUGGGUGGAACUUAGUCUCUCAGCUUUAGUUGCAGCCAUGGCCACUCACGCAGCUCUUGCUUCCUCAAGAAUCCCAGCCAGCACCAGGCUUCCUUCCAAGACCACUCACUCUUUCCCCACUCAAUGCUCCACCAAGAGGCUGGAAGUGGCUGAAUUCUCUGGCCUUCGAUCAAAAGCAAGUGUGACAUAUGCCAGUAAUGCCAGAGAAGGAUCAUUCUUUGAUGUUGUGGCUGCCCAACUUACUCCUAAGACUGCAGGAUCAAAUCCUGUAAGGGGAGAAACAGUGGCCAAAUUGAAGGUGGCAAUCAAUGGAUUUGGACGUAUUGGCAGGAACUUCCUCCGAUGCUGGCAUGGCAGGAAGGACUCACCACUUGAUGUUAUUGUUGUCAACGACAGUGGUGGUGUCAAGAACGCUUCACACCUUCUAAAAUAUGACUCAAUGCUGGGAACUUUCAAAGCAGAUGUGAAAAUAGUGGACAAUGAGACCAUUUCUGUUGAUGGUAAGCCCAUCAAGGUUGUCUCUAACAGGGACCCUCUCAAGCUCCCAUGGGCUGAGCUUGGCAUCGACAUUGUUAUUGAGGGAACAGGAGUUUUUGUGGAUGGCCCUGGUGCUGGGAAACACAUCCAAGCUGGUGCUAAGAAAGUAGUUAUCACUGCUCCAGCAAAAGGUGCUGACAUUCCAACCUAUGUCGUUGGUGUCAAUGAAAAGGAUUACAAUCACGAUGUUUCAAACAUUGUCAGCAAUGCUUCUUGCACCACAAACUGUCUGGCCCCUUUUGUUAAGGUCAUCGAUGAAGAAUUUGGCAUUGUUAAAGGAACAAUGACAACUACUCACUCCUACACCGGAGACCAGAGGCUCUUGGAUGCUUCACACAGGGACUUGAGGAGAGCUAGGGCUGCAGCAUUGAACAUUGUCCCAACAAGCACUGGUGCAGCCAAGGCCGUGUCUCUUGUGCUUCCUCAACUCAAGGGCAAGCUCAAUGGCAUUGCCCUCCGUGUGCCAACACCAAAUGUGUCAGUUGUUGACCUUGUUGUGAAUGUUGAGAAGAAGGGUAUAACAGCUGAAGAUGUCAAUGCGGCCUUCAGAAAGGCUGCUGAUGGUCCAUUAAAGGGCAUAUUGGAUGUGUGUGAUGUUCCUCUUGUGUCAGUGGACUUCCGAUGCUCUGAUGUUUCUUCCACCAUUGACUCUUCAUUGACCAUGGUCAUGGGAGAUGAUAUGGUCAAGGUGGUUGCAUGGUACGACAACGAAUGGGGUUACAGCCAAAGGGUUGUUGAUUUGACACAUCUGGUAGCAAGCAAAUGGCCAGGUAGUCCUGCAGCUGGAAGUGGAGACCCAUUGGAGGAUUUCUGCCUGAAAAACCCUGCGGAAGAGGAAUGCAAAGUUUAUGAAGCUUAAGCUGAUUUGCAUUCUAAUUUUUGUUUGGUUGGCGAAUGAUACAGGGCCUAAGGUUUUUCAUUGUCAAUUAUCACCAAAUGCUUACUUUGUAAAGACAACUGAGUGAGAUGAACCAGAAUUUUUAUCAAAUAA